UUCAUACGAGUCAAAGCGAUUAUAACAGUAGCUUGUGUGAAAAGAGUUUUUCCGCAUACGUGACACGACAGAGAUCCUUUUCGUUGGGCUGCCGUUGUUCUUUCUUUCACCAGGAGAAGGAAAGAAAUAACACGUAAUACGCCAGCGGAGUACCAACAUUUUAUCGUCACUCGUUCAUGGAGAGAAGGAAAUCGAGAAUCAGAGGAAGCGUAGACGAAUUGGCUCUAACCAAAGCGGCCGCAUGGGCGUGGUACGAACGUGGGUCGGGGUCAGGAGGGAAGCCGAUUCGAGAGUACGAUGUCAUGAAGACUUCCCGAGCCCCAAGGCCAUCGCGGUACAAGCAAGAAGCCAUGAAAUUGGCUCAACUUGCCAAGGUUCAGCAUGAGAAAGAGAGGGAGAAGGAGAAGGAGAAGGAGAAGGAGAAAGAGAAUUCUCUAAUGGAUCCGUACGAAGUGCACGUGAUUUCGAGGCAAAUAGAUCGAGUCAUAGAGUCUAGUCGAAUCUACGACAGCAACUACCCCGGUUCCGCCAUGGUCGAACCUCAUCAAAAUCACUGGAAAUACGACUUGUCGUCGCCGGAGAGCGAGAGCAGUAGCGGCAGCAAGACGCAGAAGAAGAAGAAGAAGAAGAAGAGUUUAAGGUUCUGGCAGAAGCAUCGAGUGAUGUGCGGGACAAGAGAAGACGUGGUGGAGGCAUCAGUUUUCAGGGAGGCCAGGACAAGGCACAAUAAGCAUGUACCAGUAGUCAGAUGAGAUGUCCUCAAUGUGAUCUUACACUGGUCUUUUUCUUCUCAUUCUGAUCUUUGAUUGAAUCAUGAGGCUUGCAUUUAUGCACUCUAAAUAAAUAAAGACAUGUGAUUAUGAUA